AAAUUGAGGUCGAAACGUCGAAUUUCGCUCACACAAGAGGUCUGAAAAUCUUUGUUUAACGGCGCGGGGAACGUGUUUUAUUUAAGAAGAAUAACUUUGUAAUAGUGUAUUUGAAAGUAUUAACUAAAACUCGGAACAGCUAUGGAGGUUACUGAUGAGAAUUUGGCUACUCUUGCUAAUUACUUGCAGCAAACUUUAAAUCCCGAUCCAAACAUUCGAAGGCCCGCGGAGAAGUUCCUGGAGGGGGUGGAAGUGAACCAGAACUACGCGAUCCUGCUGCUGCACCUCAUAGACAAGGAUGCUGUGGACCAAACCAUCCGCGUGGCGGCCGCCAUCGUCUUCAAGAACUAUAUUAAAAGGAACUGGCCUGUAGAUGAAGAUGGCGUGGACCGCAUUCACAGCUCCGACCGCGCCACCAUCAAGACUCUCAUUGUGACGCUGAUGCUCAAGUCUCCUGAGUCCAUACAGAGACAAUUCAGCGAUGCCGUCUCCAUUAUAGGAAAAUGCGACUUCCCAGACAAGUGGCCAUCUCUCAUUCCUGAAAUGGUUGAGAAGUUUAAUACAGGAGACUUCCACGUGAUCAACGGCGUGCUCCGCACGGCACACUCGCUGUUCAAGCGCUACCGGUACGAGUUCAAGUCGCAGCGCCUGUGGGAGGAGAUCAAGCACGUGCUCGACAACUUCGCCAAGCCGCUCACCGACCUGUUUGUGGCCACCAUAGACCUGGCUUCGAAGCACGCAGACAACCCGCAAGCGCUGCGAGUGAUCUACGGCUCUCUGGUUCUCAUCUGCAAAGUGUUCUACUCGCUGAACUGCCAGGAUCUACCAGAGUUCUUUGAGGACAAUAUGGGCAUCUGGAUGCCGAACUUGCUGAACCUGCUGCAAGUCAAAGUGCCCUGUUUGGAGGAUCCUCAAGAGGACGAGAAGCCCGGCGUGCUGGAACAACUUCGCACGGAGAUCUGCGAGUGCUGCGCGCUGUAUGCGCUCAAAUACGAGGAGGAGUUCACUGCGCACGCGCCGCCCUUCGUGACGGCGGCGUGGGGCGUGCUGCUGGCCACCACGCCGCAGACCAAGUACGACGCGCUGGUAUCAAAUGGCUUGAACUUUUUGGCCAAAAUAGCUGAGAAGAACAUCUACAAGAACUUGUUCGAAGACCCGGCGACCCUCAGUAGUAUCUGUGAGAAGGUUGUCAUCCCAAACAUCGAGUUUAGAGAGUCAGACAUGGAGCUGUUCGAAGAUAACCCCGAAGAGUACGUGAGGCGAGACAUCGAGGGCUCUGACGUGGACACGCGCCGCCGCGCCGCCUGCGACCUCGUCAAGACACUGUCGGUGCACUUCGAGGCCAACAUGAUGGCCAUAUUCGGCCAGUAUGUUCAGCUGAUGCUGCAGAAGUACUCUGCGGAGGGCGCGGCCGCGUGGCGCUGCAAGGACACGGCCCUGUACCUGGUGACGUCGCUGGCGGCGCGCGGGGCCACGCAGGCGGCGGGCGUCACGCGCGCCUCGCCGCUCGUUGAUCUGGCGCAGUUCGCGCAGACUAAUGUGGUGACAGAGCUGCAGGGGGCAGAGACGCAGCUGCCAGUGAUCCGCGCGGACGCCAUGAAGUAUCUCAUGACGUUCCGCUCUCUGCUGCCGAAGGAGCUGCUGGUGUCCACCAUCCCGCUACUCAUAAACCACAUAAAGGUGCCGGGAGUGGUGUGCACGUACGCCGCGUGCACUAUCGAGAAGCUGAUUGGCGGAGGCGUGGCGACGCGCGAGCACAUCGAGCCCCACGCCGCGUCGCUAUUGGCCGAGCUGCUGCAGGCCAUUGAGCCGACGCACAACGAAUAUGUCAUGAAAGCGUUCCUCCGCACGGUGACUUGUCUCGGCGACGCAUCUCUUCAAUACCUGGGCGCGGCGCUGCCGGCGCUGGCGCGGCUGCUGGCGCAGGUGGCGAAGAACCCCAGCAAGCCGCACUUCAACCACUACCUGUUCGAGACCCUGUCGCUGAGCGUCAAGUUGGUGACGAAGGCCAACCCGAGCGCGGUGUCGGCGUUCGAAGACGCUCUGUUCCCUAUCUUCCAAGAAAUCCUUCAAAAUGACGUCCAAGAAUUCAUGCCGUACGUGUUCCAAAUGCUAUCCCUGCUUCUCGAACUGGGCGGGGGCGCGGGGGCGUCGGGCGGGGCGUACCGCGCGCUGUGGGGCAGCGUGGUGGCGCCGCCGCUGUGGGAGCGCGCCGGCCACGUGCGCGCGCUCGUGCGCCUGCUGUGCGCACUGGUGGCGCACGACACGCAGGCUGUGCGCGAGAAGGGGAGGCUGAGCGCGGUGCUGGGGGUGUUCCAGAAGCUGAUCGCGUCCAAGACCAACGACCACGAGGGCUUCUACCUCGUGCAGACGCUGCUCUACAAGCUGGGAAUGCAAGACCUGGAGCCUUACAUAAAGCAAAUAAUGACGCUGCUAUUCCAGAGGCUGUCUUCAUCGAAAACUACCAAAUACGUGAAGGGCUUGAUCGCUUUCCUCGGGUUCUUUGCGGCGCACUUCGGGGCUGACAACCUUAUCGAAAUAGUCGAGUCAGUUCAACCAAAUAUGUUCUCAAUGUACGUGCAGCGCAUCCUCAUCCCGGACAUACAGAAGGUGUCGGGCGCACUGGAGCGCAAGGCGGCGGCCGUGGGCUGCGUGAAGCUGCUGUGCGAGAGCGCCGCCUUCCGGGGCCCGCUGGCGCCGAUGUGGACGCCGCUCAUGCAGGCUUUGAUCUCCGUGUUCGAGCUCCCCUGCGACGAGUCGUCCUUACCAGACGACCACUUCGUGGAGGUGGACGACGCGCCCGGCUACCAAGCCGCCUACAGCCAGCUGUCGUGCGCCAAGCCGCCCAGCCAGGACCCGCUAGAGAGCAUAUCGAGCCCCCAGCAGUACCUAGCCGAGAGCCUGGGGGCCAUGGCGCGGUCGAACCCGGGACUCCUGCCGCAGAAGCUCUCGGAAUUAGAGGAACCGCACCGCGCGGCGCUACAGAUGUACCUCAACAAGUACUCUGUGCAAGUCUGUUGAUAGUCGUCUAGGGAUAAGGUUUGCGUGGGUUUACGGCCGGCCUAAAGUUUUAAAGAAAGAAAGUUAGUUAGAAAUUGGUUAGGAAUACACCAUACUUUAUGACCAUUUGCUUCUGGCUUAUCAAUUAAGACGUGACAAGAGUUCUCCGUCGCGCUCGCUCUUGAGGCUGCGCGAUGUGAGUGAGCGCGAUGCAAAACUCUUGUCACGUCUUAAAUGCGGCCGUACUAGCCCUUCUGGUCCUGUAAAAAUACCAUUUAUUUCCCAACCUUACACAAUCGAUUUAUUGUGAAUUUUCUUUAAAUUUACGAUUAGUAUCUAACUUGUAUUUAGGUCGGGCGUAAACAGCGCAACUUCGUAUGUGAUCUGUUAUGUGCUAUAUGAGUGAAUCAAUGUA